GAAACGAAUUUGGACGAUGACAAAGAUAAUGAAAGAUCAAAUAAUGCAAAAAAAAAGAAUCAAAUUCCUAGCAUUUCAUCUCUAUCCUCAUGUGACAAAGAUGUUGCUAAAAAUGCAGCAGAUAUCUGA